GCGCGGCCUGGCAGCCGGCGAAGCUGCAGCAUCCUCCGUGCGGGCGUGUCCCCGCGGCUUAUCUUGCCCUCCUCCUCCUCGUCCUCCUCGGACUGCCGGCGCGAUGGCGAAGCCGCUGACGGACGGCGAGAGGCGGAAGCAGAUCAGCGUGCGCGGGCUGGCGGGGCUGGGCGACGUGGCCGAGGUGCGGAAGAGCUUCAACCGGCACCUGCACUUCACGCUCGUCAAGGACCGCAACGUGGCCACGCGCCGCGACUACUACCUGGCGCUGGCGCACACGGUGCGAGACCACCUGGUGGGCCGCUGGAUCCGCACGCAGCAGCACUACUACGAGCGCGACCCCAAGCGCAUCUACUAUCUUUCCCUGGAAUUCUACAUGGGCCGCACACUACAGAACACGAUGGUGAACCUGGGCCUUCAGAACGCCUGUGACGAAGCCAUCUAUCAGUUGGGGCUAGACUUGGAAGAACUGGAGGAAAUAGAAGAGGAUGCCGGCCUGGGGAACGGAGGCUUGGGGAGGCUGGCAGCCUGCUUCCUUGACUCGAUGGCCACCUUGGGCCUGGCGGCGUACGGCUAUGGAAUCCGCUAUGAGUUUGGGAUUUUCAACCAGAAGAUCGUCAAUGGCUGGCAGGUGGAGGAGGCGGAUGACUGGCUGCGCUACGGGAACCCCUGGGAGAAGGCGCGGCCGGAGUACAUGCUGCCCGUGCACUUCUACGGGCGAGUGGAGCACAGCCCCGAGGGCGUGUGCUGGCUGGACACACAGGUGGUGCUGGCCAUGCCGUACGACACCCCGGUGCCGGGCUACAAGAACGACACCGUCAACACCAUGAGACUGUGGUCCGCCAAGGCGCCCAAUGACUUCAAGCUCCAUGACUUCAACGUGGGCGGCUACAUCGAGGCGGUCCUGGACCGGAACCUGGCCGAGAACAUCUCCAGAGUCCUGUAUCCCAACGACAACUUCUUUGAGGGGAAGGAGCUGCGGUUGAAGCAGGAAUACUUCGUGGUGGCCGCCACCCUCCAAGACAUCAUCCGGCGCUUCAAGUCGUCCAAGUUCGGCUGCCGCGACCCCGUAAGGACCUCCUUCGAGACGUUCCCAGACAAGGUGGCCAUCCAGCUGAAUGACACCCACCCAGCCUUGGCCAUCCCUGAGCUCAUGCGGAUCCUGGUGGACGUGGAGAAGGUGGACUGGGACAAGGCCUGGGAAAUCACAAGGAAGACCUGUGCAUACACCAACCACACGGUGCUGCCCGAGGCCUUGGAGCGCUGGCCUGUGUCCAUGUUUGAGAAGCUGCUGCCACGGCACCUGGAGAUCAUCUACGCCAUCAACCAGAGGCACCUGGAUCACGUGGCCGCCCUGUUCCCCGGGGAUGUGGACCGCCUGCGGAGGAUGUCCGUGAUCGAGGAAGGGGACUGCAAGCGCAUCAACAUGGCCCACCUAUGUGUCAUCGGGUCCCACGCUGUCAACGGCGUGGCGAGGAUCCACUCGGAGAUCGUGAAGCAGUCAGUCUUUAAGGACUUUUAUGAGCUGGAGCCAGAGAAGUUCCAGAAUAAGACGAAUGGCAUCACGCCCCGACGGUGGCUGCUUCUGUGUAACCCGGGGCUGGCGGACAUCAUCGUGGAGAGAAUCGGGGAGGGUUUCCUGACGGACCUGAGCCAACUGAAGAAACUGCUGCAGCUGCUCAGUGACGAGGCACUCAUCAGGGACGUGGCCCAGGUCAAGCAGGAAAACAAGGUGAAGUUCUCUGCCUUCCUGGAGAAGGAGUACGGGGUGAAGGUCAACCCCUCGUCCAUGUUCGACGUGCAUGUGAAGAGGAUCCACGAGUACAAGCGGCAGCUGCUCAACUGCCUGCACGUGGUCACCCUGUACAACCGAAUAAAGAAGGACCCAGCCCAGACCUUUGUGCCCAGGACCGUCAUGAUCGGGGGCAAGGCGGCGCCCGGCUACCACAUGGCCAAGAUGAUCAUCAAGCUGGUCACGUCCAUCGGCGACGUCGUCAACCACGAUCCGGUUGUGGGCGACAGGCUCAAAGUGAUCUUCCUAGAGAACUACAGAGUGUCCUUGGCCGAGAAAGUGAUCCCCGCCGCCGACCUGUCACAGCAGAUCUCCACCGCGGGCACCGAGGCCUCGGGCACAGGCAACAUGAAGUUCAUGCUCAAUGGGGCCCUCACCAUCGGCACCAUGGACGGAGCCAACGUGGAGAUGGCUGAGGAAGCUGGGGCCGAGAACCUCUUCAUCUUUGGCUUGCGGGUGGAGGACGUGGAAGCCCUGGAUCGGAAAGGGUACAACGCCCGGGAGUACUACGACUCCCUGCCCGAGCUGCGGCAGGCCGUGGACCAGAUCAGCAGCGGCUUCUUCUCCCCCAGGGAGCCCGACUGUUUCAAGGGCGUCGUUGACAUGCUGCUGAACCAUGACAGGUUCAAGGUGUUUGCGGACUAUGAGGCAUACGUGGAGUGCCAGGCCCGGGUGGACCAGCUGUACCGGAACCCCAAGGAGUGGACCAAAAAGGUCAUCAGGAACAUCGCUUGCUCGGGCAAGUUCUCCAGUGACCGGACCAUCACGGAGUACGCCCGGGACAUCUGGGGCGUGGAGCCCUCUGCCCUGAAGACCCCGCCCCCCAGCCUCCCCAGGGAUUAGGCCUCCGCCCUCCCCCUCCGGACCAGAGGCGUUUGUUUUCUUGCUGACUGCCCCGUUUCCAAGCACUUUGCCAGCACCCUGCUUUUUUCAGUGCUGUUUCCGGGACGGCCAUGGGGAUCCGGGUGGUGGCUUUCGGGGGUUGGGUUGGGUUGGGGGAAGAUGCUGAGGUGAGAUGCUCCCCCGUUUCCUGCAGGCAAGCAGAGCCCACAGCACUGAGCAGGGCAGCUGGCCUGCUGCUCUGCCCACCUGUCCCGUGGAGGUGGGGGAAGGUGGACUUGUCUGCUGGGCUCCCCACAGCCUUGCACACACCUUGUGUGAGCUCGUUUUUAGUUCUGAGCCUCUGGAUUCUGGGGUCCGGCCAGGUAGCCGUGGUAAAGCCUGGGGCCGUGUAUGUUUCUGCAGCACCUCGUCCAGUGUGGCCCCAGCUCUGCCUCCUGGCCAUGCAGGGAGGGUCCACUGUGCUAGGCCAUGUCCUCAUAGCUGCUGUGUGGGCACCCAGCCCGGGGUUUCCAGAUUGAUCAGAUAAAGAGGCCCCAGGACAACUGAGAGUGACACUGGGGACAACACCUGUGUCCAGCGUCUAGGGAGCUUUGGCUGGGACAAGGCUGGCUGAUGCAGAAUUCGUUUGGUUUUGCUUUUUCAUAAGAUUUUUCACAAGGAAAUGAAACUAGCUAAAGCCUUUCCUUGUUUUAGCAACUAAAAAUAGCACUUUUGAAGUUUAGUCCCUGGGGAGGCAAUGCUGGGAUGUUCUCACCUGGCCCUGGGGACCCAGGUGGGGUCCCCACCUCUGCUGGGUGAAGCUGAACACCCAGCCCCGCUGCAGAUCUGUGCCCGUCGAGUCCAGGAGGGUGCGUUUCCGGUCUCACGGGAGGCCGGCCUCCCUCCUCCCAGCAGCAUGACAACCUGGUCUGGAAAAGGACUGAGUGGGCCCAGAGAGGAGCCCACUUUCCAUUCUGCCCAGAGAGCAGGCUGGUGCUGGGGAGGGCGGGUGAGCAGGUGGGAAGGACAGGGCCAGGGAGCAGGCAGGAGCUGUGGGCGGAAGCUUCCGGAGGCUGUCUCCUCAAAUGCUGGACCUGGGUGGCACAGGGUCCUGCCCUCAUCCCCAUCCUGACUGCUCACGUCACCAGAGGCGUGAGGGUCUGUGGUUGCAUCCCCAGCGCCCUCUGCUGCCCGUCCCUUAGGCCGAGUGUAACCAUCACUGUGCCCCUCACUGUCAGUCACUGCCUCGUGUGAGAAACGGAUUAAACCUUCCUGCUUGUGCUCAGUUGA